AUUCACCGACCAAAGAAAUCCAAAGCGAGAAAUAAAAAUCACAUUUUUCUUUUCCUCCUCCUCUCCUCAAGAUCUUGAUCCGAUCCAAGUGAAUUUGGUAAACCGAAAAUGUCUGACACGGGUGAAAGAUCAUGGAGUGAAGAGGAGGAGGAACUUGAUAUGGAGAGUUGUUGCUCAGAGUCGGGGAGUGUCACUGAUGGACCAGUCUCUAACGCGAUUGAUGGAGUUAAUGGGGUGCUUAAGCUGAAUGAGGAAGAUGAUGAGUAUAUCAUACUGAAGCAUCGGUUCUAUUUGAGCAUUGGCGCUCUUUCACAGCAGUGCAUGGUUGUUGAUGCUUAUCGGAGUCUCCAUUCUUCUCCGAUGGAGAAAGCUCAGGUUGAAAGUUUCAGGAUCUUCAAGGAGGCCAUGGAAGCUAAGAGAGGGGGGGAUGCAAAUGUUGUUCAUUCCUGGUAUGGAGCAUUGAAGGAUGAGGUUGAUCGAAUCAUGAAGGAUGGCUUUCGUAUGUGUGGAUUGCCUGAGAAAGCUGGAACCUUUGGCUUUGGUCUGCAUCUUUGUCCGGAGCUUUCUGCUCGCGAAAGUCUUAUUUCCGCACCAAUUAGUGAGGAUGGACUGAAGCAUAUGGUGAUCUGUCGUGUCAUCUUGGGAAGCACAGAGACGAUACUUCCCGGCUCAAGUCAAUCAGGUCCAAGUUCCGCAGAUUUUGAUUCUGGUGUAGAUAACGAGCAAGCUCCUUCGAAGUACAUUGUAUGGUACCCUGAUGUCAAGACGAAUGUACUGCCUCUCUAUGCGGUUACUGUCAAGAUGGAGCUUAAUUCAGGAGGGCUGCAGAGAGAACUAGAUGCCACAAGGCCUGGCUCCAAAUGGAUGCCUUUAACCUCACUAGUUUAUAUCCUUUUGAAUUUUGUACCUCGUUCCACUCUGCGCAUGCUCAGGAGGCUUCAUACAGAUUUUUUGGAGAGAAAAAUCACCCGCCAGCAAUUUGUUUUUCGCGUGAGACAAUUAGCUGGUGAUGAAGUACUCGUUUAUGCAAUCAGGGACUUUCAGAACAAGCGAAAGAACGGAAGAUUCGAGAAAAUUUCCUGGUAGGACCAAAGAUGGGGAGCCAAAUUUACUGCAGGGAAGAGAGAAUUUCAUCUCGAAGCACCGGGGAAAAUUGUCGCAAUUCGAAAAAAUUAAGCAAAGAACGAAUUUGAAUUGUUUCUGCCAAGAGUUUGGCAAUGACGGCUGUGUACCACCCUCUAUUGGGUUAAUACUUUACAUUUCCUCCAAACAUACAAAUAAAGUACAAUUUUGAUGUUA